AUGUCAGUUUUUUUCCGUAAAAGAAUUUCCUUAAAAAAAAUUGUAUGGCGAAAUCAAGAGAAGGGCUUCCUAGAACCAUCGUUGCCGUCAGAAAUGGCCCGACACUUGGCCUUCUGACUCUUAAAUACCCUAAAAUAUUCCCAAUCCGUGUUCAUAUUUCCACAUUUCCACCGAUUCUCUUCACAUUUUCUUCAAAAAAAUUUCUGGGUCUUUCAUUUCUCAUCUCACUCUUCCAACCCUUUCACUUUUAUGGAUAAUCUCCUCGAUGAUUUUCCCAAUUCUUGGAAUAAUUAUCCCUUCCAUCCCCAUCUCUCUAAUGGCUUGUUCAAAGUCAAUCGCGAUUCCGUUGAUGCCCUUCAAAUUCCGGCCAAGUCACAGCAACAUCAACACCAUCUCAGUAAUAAUUCCUCCUCCUCGCCGUCGUCGUCUAGCUCCGAAGGCGACUCGCCGGACAGCCAUGACACCUCCAAUACCAUGCUCAAAUACAUCACUGAGAUGUUGAUGGACGAAGGAGAAGAUCUCAAAGCACAGCCCUGUAUGCUUCUCGACUGUUUGGCUCUUCAAGCUGCUGAGAAAUCUUUUUAUGAUGUUCUUGGCCAGAAAUAUCCCCCUUCUCCAAUCGGAAAUGGUGAUUCUUCUCAGGAUUUUAGCUGUGAUAGGGCUGUAAGUAACAACGGUGAGGAUGAAUCUGAAUCUUUUAAUGGUAACUCCUCUGUUUUUGCCCCUUUUCAAAACUCUGUUUUGAGUCGAGAUUCGUUUCUUGGGAUGCAAUUUAUUGGUCAUUUUAGGCAAGGAGCUGAAGAGGCUAGCAAGUUUCUUCCUGUUAAUGGAAGAUUUGGGACCAUUGACUUGGAUAAUGAUUCUUAUAGUUCUACCUCUGUUCCUUCUAGGGCUGUUGAUUUUUCUUGGUUUGGUGCUGAGAGUGAUGGUAGAUCCGUCCUUGAAAAUGGGUUGUUAAGAGAGAAAAAAAACCGUUUGAGGGAGGAUAGUGAUGAGGAGUUGAGAAGUAAUAAGCAGUCUGCUAAUUUUGCUGAUGAUAAUUCACUGUCUGAGUUGUUUGAUGAGGUUCUUCUUUGUCGGGGCGAAAGUCGGCAGUCUCCCCCAUCGUGUGGUUCCGAUGAAUCGUCGGAGAGCGAAGCGAAUAAGAAGUCGAGAGGGAGAGGGAAAAGGAAAGGGAAGAAGAGUACUCGUUCUAGGAAGCAAGAGAAUAGUGUGGAAGUUGUGGAUUUGUGGACAUUGUUGACUCAAUGUGCUCAAGCUGUUUCAAAUUAUGAUCAAAGGACUGCAAAUGAGUUGCUAAAUCAGAUUAGGCAGCAUUCUAAUUCAUCUGGGGAUGGAAAUCAGAGAUUAGCUCAUUACUUUGCUAAGGGUCUCGAGACUCGUCUUGCCGCCGGGACGCCUCUGUAUUUGCCCUUUGCAAGUAAUGAAACCUCUGCUGCUGAGAUCUUGAAAGCUUAUCAGACGUUCAUCAAGGCGUGCCCGUUUCGGCGGAUGUCGUAUUUCUAUGCCAAUAGAACGAUUCUUAAGCUAGCUGAGAAAGUAACAACUUUGCAUAUUGUUGAUUUUGGUAUUUUGUAUGGUCUCCAAUGGCCUUGCUUGAUUCAACGGCUCUCGCGCAGACCUGGUGGGCCUCCCAAGCUUCGGAUCACGGGGAUCGAGCUUCCUCAGCCUGGAUUCCGCCCUGCUGAACGUGUUGAGCAGACUGGUCGGCGUCUUGCACAUUACUGCAAGAGAUUCAAUGUGCCAUUUGAACACAAGGUCUUGGCCCGGAAAUGGGAAACGGUUCGAUACGAGGAUCUCAAUCUUGACAGAGAUGAACUGACUAUUGUGACUUGUAUGUUCCGAAUGAAGAACGUACCCGACGAAACGGUGGUCGCAAACAGCCCAAGAGACAGGGUUCUGAAGUUGAUCAGGAAAAUCAAUCCAGAUCUCUUCAUUCAUGAAGUCACCAAUGGGUCAUUCAACACUCCCUUCUUCAACACAAGGUUUAAAGAGGCACUCUUUUACUACUCAUCGUUGUUCGACAUGUACGAGGCGACAGUGCCUCGAAACAAUCCAAUGAGGCAUCUGUGUGAGAAGGAAAUCCUAGGAAGAGACAUCAUGAAUGUCAUAGCGUGCGAGGGGCUUGAGAGAGUUGAAAGGCCAGAGACUUACAAGCAAUGGCAAGUAAGGAACACAAGGGCCGGGUUCAAACAAGUACCAUUAGACCAAGACCUACUGAAGAGUGUGGAGAAGAUAGUAAACACAGAAUACCAUCAGGACUUUGUGAUCGAUCAGGACGGGUCGUGGAUGUUGCAAGGGUGGAAGGGACGGAUCAUCGACGCGUUAUCGUGUUGGGUAGUUGCCUAAAAAGGCCAAGGAAGCUAUUAGAAGACUUAGAAGUCUUGUAAUAUUUAUCCAUUUUGAUAAUCCUUUAAGUUUUGUGUCUGCUAGUUUAUGUAUGUAGCUUGAUUGUUGGAAUUUUGUACAUAAAUUUGGAAAAUCACCUAUAAAAAAAAACAAGAAAUCUAUUUCUUACAAAAA